GGCUACUGGCCAGGCGAUGGCAGAGGCCCUGCUGGUCAACUGCGUGCUGACGUCGCUGUCGCUGUGUGGCCAGGAGCUGGACGACGAGGCGCAUUGGCGGGCGCUUUGAAGCGGAACACCGCGCUGAAGACGCUGCUUGUGCAAUUCGGGCACGGCCUCGGGUUCGUGGACUCGCUGGCGGCCGCCCUGCGGAGCAACGCCGCCGUGGAGUCCGUGGAGCUCCUGGCCCGCGACCGCGGCAGCCUGUUUAUGGAGGCCGCGGGGGUGAGGCUGAUGAAGGGGCUCGAGGCGAACUCCAGGCUGAGGAAGCUGUGCGUGGACGGCCUGCCCCUCAAGGAGCGGGGGGCAGCCGCCCUCGGGCGCAUGCUGGGCACGAACGGCACGCUGCGGUCGAUCCGCAUCCACGGCCUCGACGCGGAAGUUCGCGCUGGGGAGGUCCUCGCUGGCGCCCUGAGGGUCAACACCUCCCUGCGCGUCCUAAAGCUCGAGGAUGUGGCCAGCGGCUACGGUGCGCUCGGUGUCGCGCUCGCGGAGGCCCUGCGGGGCAACCGCGCCCUGGAGACGCUGCGCCUCAGCUGCGCCGAGACCCGCGGCGCCGAGGAGGCGUGCGUGCGGCGGGCGUUCGAGCGCGCCCUGGAGGCGAACACGACGCUCAAGUCGCUAGCCCUCCCCGGCAGGGACUCGGACGGACGGCUCGCUGCCUCCGUGGAGCGCAACCGCGCGCUGCCACGUCACCGGUGGCACCUGCGGUUGGUGGCGCGGCACAGCUCGGACGCCGCCGUGCGCGCGGCCGUGGAGGCGAUGUCCGAGUCGGGUUUCUGCCUGUCCGUGUUCGCCUUCUUCGUGCCCCGUGCGGCGGCUGACGGCGGCCGGUGA